CAGAUCAACGACGUGGCUUUGGCGCCUGAUGGGAACACGCUGUUCUGUGCCGCCGGGAAUGUGGUGCAGAUCUGGGACUUGAGGAGAUUUAGCCAGGCAGGACGACUAAGCGGUCACCAGGCACCGGUGAUGGCGCUAGCCCUGGACACAGAUGGGGAACAUACACUGGUCAUCUCUGGGUCAAAGGACCACUACAUCAAG